CUCGAAAGACAUCACAUGAGCUCCUCUUUACAGGAACUACACCGUGGGUUUCUCCUCUUCAGGGCAAGUGUUGAGAACUGCGAGGCACGCUCAGGUGGUUUUUGUGACACUAUGAAAUGGGCCAGAUGUGAUGGAUCACCAUGCCAGUGUACUCUUCAGUUUUCUUCAUUUUUAAAGCAACCGAUUGAUUGUACAAAAUUGAUUCCCAAGUGCUAUCUCAUGAAAGCAGAGAUGUAUCGUGCCAGGAACAACAUGAGCACAAGAUCCAUUGGUGGGAAACCUGUAGAAACUGCCUUUGUGGACAAUGAUGGCUUCUAUGACCCAGAGUGUGAGAGCGAUGGAAAGUUCAAGGCAAUCCAGUGUAACGGCACUGACGUGUGCUGGUGUGUGAACAGUGCUGGUGUGCGCAGAAGUGACAAGGGAGACAAGAACAUCAAGUGUGAUCCUGUGGAGACCUAUUGGGUUCGCCUGGAGCUGAAGCAUAAAGAUGGUCCUGUUGCUCUUGAUGCUACCAAACUGAAGAUUGGGAUUGAGAAUGCUUUGCUGGAACGUUACAAGUUGCAUAAGAAAUUUGUGUCUGAGGUUCAGUACGACAAAGAUGGUCGUCUCAUUGUUGUGGAUGUUAAAAAAGAAAAGGGGGAAAAUGUUACAGACCUGUCCCUCAUGACUUACUACAUGGAGAAGGAUAUCAAAAUUACACCCCUCUUUUAUGAUGAAAGUAAACCAUUUGAAGUCAAUGUUGAGGGAACAAAAGUGUCCAUGGAGAACAUCCUGGUGUACUAUGUAGAUGAAGUGGUGCCCACCUUCUUCAAACAGAGGCUGACUGUAUGUCGAGUUCUGUGGUUACCAACCUUUUAAAAGAAAAAUCUCACGGCACACCACUAAGCUCUGAAAUACAUCUAUAUAUACAUAUGUCUAUUUAGGGGGACUUUUUUUGUUUUAAUUAAUUAAAUUAAAAAUCUAAAAAUUAAAUUUAUGCAUUUUGCAGACACUUUUAUCCAAAGUGACUUACAGUGCAUUCAGGCUAUCAAUUUUUACCUAAUUUUAAUUAAACAAUGCAUUGUCAGACUUGGUAUUGUGGCUUUAUAUGAUCAGCCCCUUGACAUUUAAUAAAAAUCAUGCUCAAA